AUGGAGGAGGAGGCGGCCGUCGGGGUUUCCCCUGCCGGCCCAUCGCAAACUGGGUUGCGACGACGUACAGGUCGAAGUAAACGAAAUGGGGGAAUCGUGGGCCAGGCUAGUUGGUCCAGCAGUGUGAUCAAUUUGGUUAAUACAAUUGUUGGAGCUGGUGUGCUCGCUAUGCCCCUCGCAAUGUCGCAUUUCGGAAUCGUGCUCGGUAUUUUUGUCAUUCUCUGGUCUGGUGCUACUGCGGGUUUUGGUCUUUACCUUCAAUCUCGAUGCGCGCUUUAUCUCGAGCGAGGCAACGCUUCGUUCUUCGCUUUGUCGCAGUUAACAUACCCAAAUGCAGCGGUUGUGUUUGAUGCCGCCAUUGCGAUAAAGUGUUUUGGUGUUGGCGUGAGCUACCUUAUCAUCAUUGGGGACCUCAUGCCGGGAGUGGUCCAGGGUUUCGUGGGCGGCGACCCAUUAUAUGACUUCUUGGUCGACCGGCAUUUCUGGGUGACUGCAUUUAUGCUGAUCGUCAUACCUCUCUCCUACUUGCGUCGAUUGGACUCUUUAAAGUACACCAGUAUUGCUGCUCUCGUCUCGAUGGCCUACUUGGUCGUCUUGGUUGUGUAUCAUUUUGCCAAGGGUGAUACGAUGCAAGAUCGAGGUCCGAUUCGCGUGGGCCAAUGGGCAGGUAUUGUGCCAAGUUUAAGCAGCUUUCCCGUGAUCGUUUUUGCAUUCACAUGCCAUCAAAAUAUGUUUUCCAUUCUCAAUGAAAUCGCCAACAACAGUCAUUUCAGAACCACUGCUGUCGUCCUGGCUAGCAUCGGUAGCUCUGCGGCCACCUAUAUCCUUGUCGCUAUUACAGGCUAUCUUUCCUUCGGUAACAAUGUUGGAGGCAAUAUCGUGGGAAUGUAUCCUCCUGGUGUCUACGCGACAAUUGGAAGAGCAGCAAUUGUGAUGCUGGUCGUCUUCUCUUACCCAUUGCAAUGCCAUCCAUGUCGAGCUUCGGUCGACGCCGUGUUGAAAUGGCGUCCCAAGUCCCAAUCCACCCGCGCAGAGGGGUCUCCUCAUCGCCAUCCGUUACUUGGAUUGCAUUCGAGCUGCACGCCGGAACCUAUGAGUGACCUUCGCUUCUCGAUCAUCACCACUACGAUUCUUAUUCUGAGUUACCUCGUGGCGAUGACCGUUUCUUCUCUCGAGGCUGUCUUAGCUUAUGUUGGUAGUACCGGCAGCACAAGUAUCAGCUUUAUUCUGCCAGGUCUAUUUUACUAUAAGAUUUCUUCUCCUGAUUCACCUGCUCACCGUGGUCUUCUCAAGGAAGAUGAUGAGGCUGCAGAUGACAUGGAUGACGAUGAUGACGAUGAUGAAGACGAAGGCGAAGGCUCUCUGUCUCGCUCCCUGACAGAAAGUGGCCUUGUUCGUCGCAACACACGCCAAUGGCGUAAAGCUUUGAUUCGCCGGUUAAGUUUGGGACUGGCCGCAUAUGGCGUGCUAGUUAUGGUCGUGUGUCUUAUCACCAAUACAUUCUUCAUUGCAUCCCAUUGA